AUGGACACCAGUUCCCGGGGACAACCGUCUGAGAGGGGAAGUUCCCUCACUUUGAUUGUAUUCAAGAAUCUGGCUCGCAGGCCCUUUAACAUCUAUCCUCAGGGGCUGAGCAGCGUGACUUCUAACCGGCCUUCUCUGACAGGCGAGCAGUUAAGGGAUUACCCCAUCCAUCCCAAUGACUCCAUAACAUACAUCUGGCAGGUGACCACCUACGACAGCCCGACGUCAUCUGAUCCACGAUGCCUUACACGGUUCUACGCCAGCUUCCUCGAUCUGCAGAAAGAUUUAUCAUCCGGCCUCAUUGGGCCCCUUCUGAUCUGCUCAAAGCAGACUUUGGAUCGCGGAGGAAAUCAGAUAGUUACAGAUAAGGAACAUGUCCUUUUCUUCUGCAUAUUUGAUGAAGCGCUGAGCUGGUACCACGAAGAGAACAGUCAAAAGUCUUCUACAAGCUCACCGGGAAACCAGAGCGCGAUCGUGAAACCUCCGGGGCGUAGCCUGAUAUACACUAUAAAUGGGAUUGUGGAUUCUCUGCAGCUGAGUAUCUGCCAGAAUGAAGUCAGCGUGUGGCAUGUUUUAAAUCUGGGCCUGGGCACAAAGCUGCUCUCCAUUUACUUUGGGGGAAACACCUUCAUGGUGGACUCGAGCUAUCAAGAAACGCUGACUCUCAUUCCGAUGAAUGGAAAGACCGUCGUCAUGGUGAUGGAAAAAUCAGGUCAAUGGCUGGUGGCCCCAGACUCCCCUCUAGCAGAUCUAGGCAUGCAAGCGACCUUAAGGGUUUCACACUGUGAGAAUCAUCUAGAUGAGUACUAUGAAUAUGAAGAUUCAAAGGAUAUCACCCACGAUCCUGCGUUGUAUCAGUUUCCAUUUAUUACGUCCUUCAAAAUGCCACCUUCUGGAUCUUCCUCUGGACCACAUUUCAGGCCACCUUCUGGAUCUUCUUCUGGACCACCUUCUGGAUCCUCUUCUGGACCACCUUCUGGAUCCUCAUCUGGACCAUCAUUUGGUCCAUCUUCUGGAGCUUCUACUGGACCACCUUCUAAAUCUUCUUCAGGACCACCAUUCAGACCACCUUCUGGAUCUUCUUCUGGACCCUGGAGCAACUUUAAGAAAUCAAAAACCCCAGAUGAUCUAGAUAAUGCAAUCCUGAACGAUGAGCCUCUUGACUCUCCAAUUGUUGGAUCUGCCGAAGACCAAAAUGGUGCCGUUAAAGGGGAACCAGGUAAGCGAUCAAGCCGACAGCAAAGAGAUACAACGGGACGAACCGGCCCAGCGGGUAAGCGGUUGGAAGGUGGAUCAGAGCUGAAGAACUCGCUGGAGGAGGACGACGUGGAUUUUUACGAUGAUGAAUACCAAGGCAAUGAUAUGGAAUAUGUUGACAUGUACGGAGAACAAGGCCCUCGAAGCCUCGAAGGGCAACUGCAGACCUAUUUCAUAGCAGCUGAGGAGGUGAUAUGGGACUACGGUGGUGGAAGAUCCCCAUAUUUCAUCAAAGACGGGCGUCAUGUGCCGCACGGCUUCCCGUCAUAUAAGAAGGUGGUGUUCCGGGAGUACCUGGACAGCAGCUUUACCGAACCCGCAAUCCGCGGGGAGCGAGACGCCCAUUUAGGGCUUUUGGGGCCGUGUAUCCAGGCGGAGGUCAAUGAUGAAAUCCUAAUCCAGUUUAAGAACAUGGCGUCCCGUCCCUUCUCCUUCUACUCCAAUGUCCUGGCUGUGCAGUGGAAGGAGGAGGACAGCGUUCCCCCACAACACACCCGGACAUAUAUAGGAAAAGUCAGCUCCCAGUUUGGGCCCUCGGGAUCUGAGGAGUGUCGGACCUGGUUCUACACCUCCAACGGACACAUGUACAAAGACUUCCAUUCUGGACUCCUGGGACCUUUGCUCGUCUGCCGCCCGAAUGUCUUGAAGCGCUCCACCGUGCACCAGAUUUCGAUGGAGGAUUUCUCUCUCGUGUUCAUGGAGACGGACGAAACCAAAAGUUGGUACUUCAGAGAGAAUUGGCAGCGCCAUUGUCCUUCCGCUUGUGCCUUCCAGGGCAGUGUAUUGAGUUCCUGCCCUCCAGCCUGCAUUGUACCCUCAGCCUCCGAAGACCUCCAACACGACCACAUCUUUCAUGCAAUCAACGGCUAUGUUGGCAACUCUCUUCCUGGACUCGUCUUGCCUGUGGACAGGAAGAUACGAUGGCACCUGCUGAACAUCGGAAGAGCGGACGUCCUCCCCGUGCAGUUCCACGGCAACAUCCUGAAACAAGGGAGCCAGAAGGACCACCCCUGCAGUGUGGUGAACCUUUACCCCGGUGUCGGGGUGACUUUGGAAAUGACAGCUCAGACAAGUGGCCUGUGGCUUAUAGAACCAGAAGGCGUAUAUAAUAACUAUAACAUGACAGCGCUGUACCUAGUCUAUAAUCCAAGGUGUCACCAACCUCUUGGUCUAUCAUCAGGAAAAAUCAAAGAUUCACAGAUUACUGCAUCGGGACAUUAUGGGUCUUGGGUGCCAUACCUGGCCAGAUUGGGAAACAGCGGGACUAUAAAUGCCUGGAGUGCAGAGAGUGAGAACUCUUGGAUUCAGGUGGAUCUUCUUGCACCCAUGCUGAUUCAUGCAAUACAGACUCAAGGUGCCCGGCAGCGACUUGAUUCUCUGUACAUAUCCCAAUACAUUGUGUUCUAUAGCUUGAAUGGAGAAACAUGGAGCCAGUACCAGGGGAACACGAGCAGUAAUCAGAUGGUAUUCUUUGGAAAUGUUGACGCAUCCAGCAUUCAAGAGAACCGCUUCAAUCCUCCAAUCGUUGCUCGUUUCGUAAAGGUCCGCCCGGUGCACACUGGAACCAGAGCUGGCCUGAGAAUGGAACUUUUUGGCUGUGACCUCACUAGUUGCUCCAUGUCUCUUGGCAUGCAAUCAGGAGCUAUUAUGCCAUACCAGCUGUCUGCCUCUUCUUCUCUUCGUUCUGUAUUCGCUUCCUGGGUUCCAAGUUUAGCAAGAUUGAACCAGCAAGGACGAAUUAAUGCCUGGAGACCACAGGUAAACAGACCCGGCGAAUGGUUCCAGGUUGACCUUGGGCGCAUCAUGAAGGUGACCGGACUGAUGACACAGGGUGCCCGCUCCUUCACCUCCAUGUACAUCACUGAAUUCUCUCUCAGCCUCAGUGAGGACGGUGUCACGUGGAGGGCCGUGCAAAGUGCCAAUGGCCACCGGCAGAUCUUCAAUGGGAACAAAGAGUACAACACCCCAAUGUGGGUCACCCUGGAGGCUCCGGUCAUCGCGCGGUAUCUUAAACUGCACCCCGAGAAGUGGAAGGGAAGCAUCAUGCUGAGGAUGGAGGUUUUGGGGUGCUCUGUAUGA